AACUACUAUGAAGUCUUUUUGGCUUGUACUCAUCUUGGCAGUGCUCAGUACUGAAUUGCUAACAAGUCACUGUUCCACCAUCAAGUCCCCGAGGUUCAGAGGACGUGUGCAGCAGGAGCGAAAAAAUAUCAGACCAAAUAUCAUCCUGGUACUCACAGAUGAUCAAGAUGUGGAGCUAGGCUCCUUGCAAGUGAUGAAUAAGACCAGACGGAUUAUGGAGAAUGGAGGGGCCACUUUUAUCAAUGCAUUUGUAACCACCCCAAUGUGCUGCCCAUCGCGUUCCUCCAUGCUGACUGGGAAGUAUGUGCACAACCACAACAUAUACACCAACAACGAAAACUGCUCUUCUCCCUCAUGGCAGGCUACUCACGAGCCACGUACUUUUGCUGUGUAUCUCAAUAACACUGGGUAUAGAACAGCUUUUUUUGGGAAAUACCUCAAUGAAUACAAUGGCAGCUACAUCCCUCCUGGGUGGAGAGAGUGGGUUGGAUUAGUGAAGAACUCCCGCUUCUAUAAUUACACCAUUUCUCGCAAUGGUAACAAAGAGAAGCAUGGAUUUGAUUAUGCAAAGGACUACUUCACAGACCUAAUCACUAAUGAGAGCAUUAAUUACUUCAGAAUGUCUAAGAGGAUAUAUCCCCAUAGGCCCAUAAUGAUGGUCAUCAGCCACGCUGCGCCCCAUGGCCCUGAGGAUUCAGCACCACAGUUCUCAGAGCUCUACCCCAACGCUUCACAGCAUAUUACUCCCAGCUAUAACUAUGCACCAAACAUGGAUAAGCACUGGAUCAUGCAGUACACGGGGCCCAUGCUGCCUAUACACAUGGAGUUUACAAACGUCUUGCAGCGCAAAAGACUACAUGUUUUGCUACAUGUAAUUCAUGCUGUGUUGCAGUUAUACCAAAUGCUUGCAGAGAUGGGAGAACUGGAGAAUACCUACAUUAUUUACACUGCUGACCAUGGUUACCAUAUCGGGCAGUUCGGACUGGUCAAGGGGAAGUCAAUGCCAUACGACUUUGAUAUUCGAGUUCCUUUCUUUAUUCGUGGUCCAAGUGUUGAGCCGGGAUCAGUAGUGCCUCAGAUAGUUCUCAAUAUUGAUCUCGCUCCAACAAUUCUGGAUAUAGCAGGACUUGACACGCCUCCAGAUAUGGAUGGCAAGUCUGUCCUAAAGCUUCUGGACUUGGAGAGACCAGGAAACAGGUUUCGAACAAACAAGAAGACCAAAAUUUGGCGUGACACAUUUCUGGUGGAAAGAGGCAAAUUUCUACGCAAGAAAGAGGAACCCAACAAAAACACUCAGCAGUCUAAUCAACUGCCAAAAUAUGAGAGAGUAAAAGAAUUAUGCCAACAAGCAAGAUACCAAACAGCCUGUGAACAACCAGGGCAGAAGUGGCAGUGCAUGGAGGAUGCUUCUGGCAAACUUCGAAUUCACAAGUGUAAGGUACCGAGCGACAUACUUGCCAUCAGAAAACGGACCCGCAGCGUACACUCCCGGGGAUACAGCGGUAAAGACAAAGACUGCAACUGUGCAGAUCCUGAUUAUCGAAACAGCAGGACCCAAAGAAAAAAUCAAAGACAAUUCUUGAGAAACCCUAACGUGCAAAAAUACAAACCCCGAUUUGUUCACACUCGACAAACCCGGUCCUUGUCUGUGGAAUUUGAAGGUGAAAUAUAUGACAUAAAUCUUGAAGAGGAAGAACUGCAGGUGUUAAAAACCAAAAGUAUCACCAAGCGUCACAACGCUGAAAAUGAGGAAGAAGCAGAGAGAACGAAUGGUGCUCUUGGUGACACAAUGAUUGCUGAUGGCACUGAUGCCAUAGGUCAACCCAACUCUGUCCAAGUGACGCACAAAUGUUUUAUUCUUCCAAAUGACACUAUUCAUUGUGAGAGGGAACUGUACCAAUCUGCUAGAGCCUGGAAGGACCACAAGGCUUAUAUUGAUAAGGAGAUUGAAGCGCUCCAAGACAAAAUUAAGAAUUUGAGGGAAGUUAGAGGACACCUAAAAAGAAGAAAACCAGAUGAAUGUGACUGUAGUAAACAGAGCUAUUACAACAAAGAGAAAGGAGUAAAGGCCCAAGAGAAACUCAAGAGCCAUCUUCAUCCCUUUAAAGAAGCAGCACAGGAAGUGGAUGGCAAACUGCAGCUGUUCAAAGAGAACCGGAGAAGGAAGAAGGAAAGGAAGGGGAAAAAGCGCCAGAAGAAAGGAGAUGAGUGUAGCCUCCCUGGACUGACGUGUUUUACCCACGACAACAACCACUGGCAAACAGCACCCUUCUGGAACUUGGGCUCUUUCUGUGCUUGCACAAGCUCAAAUAACAACACUUACUGGUGUUUGCGAACAGUUAAUGACACCCACAAUUUUCUCUUUUGUGAGUUUGCGACUGGCUUCUUGGAAUAUUUUGAUAUGAACACUGAUCCCUAUCAGCUGACAAAUACAGUACAUACGGUGGAAAGAGGCAUUUUGAACCAAUUACACAUACAGCUAAUGGAACUGCGAAGUUGUCAAGGUUACAAGCAAUGCAACCCAAGGCCAAAGGGACUUGAAACAGGAAAUAAAGAUGGAGGAAGCUAUGAUCCACACAGAGGACAGUUAUGGGAUGGAUGGGAAGGUUAACCUGCCCAAUUUCACUGGCGACAUCAACUGGCAAGGACUGGAAGACUUGUACAGUGUGAAUGAAAGUGUAUAUGAACACAGAUACAACUAUAGACUUAGUCUGGCUGACUGGACUAAUUACUUGAAGGAUGUAGAUAGAAUGUUUGCACUGCUGAACAGUUACUACCAGCAAAACAAAACAGACAAGACUAACAUUGCUCAAAGCAACGGGGACAGGGACGAAUCAUCCACGCCGUUUAUCUUGGUGGAAAUGACUUCUGCUGAAGAAUCGAGCGGCCUGCCUGCAGAAGAGUUGCAGCUUAUUGUGCCAACAGACUUUGCAGCCCUCACUUUGAGCACAGUGAAUUUAAAUCAGGAGAGGAAACUUGAAUUAAACAAUGAUAUUCCUGAGAAAAGUAAUUUGAAUGACGCACACUGGAGAAAUAAUCAUCAAGCUGAAAAACGGAUGGAGGAUAAAGAAUCGGACCGUUUCGAUAUGGAUUUCAGUGGAAAUGGUUUGAUAGAGUUGGAGUC